AUGAUGAAUAAAUGUCAAAGAUUACAGAAAUUAGGCUAAAUUUAAUAUUUCAAAUAGCAAAAAUAUAAAUAUUAGUAGGAAAAUUAAAAUUUAGGCAUCAAAGUUAUAAAAGAAUUUGAAUCAGAAAUCAACAGAGUAAGAUUAUUAAGAUUUUGGAAUAAUUAAAAUAAAACUUAAAUAUAUUUUAGUGACAUAAACGAUAUGAUAGGUUAAGAACACAUUUAAAUGUAAAAGUUCUUAAAAGAAUGCGAUGCAAUUAUAAUUACAGCAGGUGCUGGUAUGGGAAUUGAUUCAGGUUUACCAGAUUACAGAGGAGAUUAGGGAUUUUGGAAAGUUUACAGGCCUUUUUAAAAUAAGUAUGGAUUCCAAGAUUGCGCAAAUCCUGAAUUCUUGAAGAAGAAUCCACAUUUAUUUUGGGGUUUUUAUGGACAUAGGUUGGAAUUGUAUACUAAUACAAUACCACACGAAGGCUUCUAAAUAUUGAAGAAGUGGUGUGAAUAAAAAGAUUAUUUUAUUAUCACCAGCAACGUUGAUGGAUAAUUUUAGAAGGCAGGUUUUAACUAGACUAAAGUCUAUGAAAUUCAUGGUUCAAUUCAUACAUUUUAAUGUACUCAAUGUUCUAAGUUAUAUUUGGCAAAUAAAUUUCCAAAAUUAAAAAUUGAUUUAUAAAGGUUUGAAGCUGAAGAUCCUUUACCCAAAUGUGAAUUCAAUCAUAUUUUAAGACCUAAUAUUUUAAUGUUUUCAGAUUGGGAUUGGAUUUCUACUAUUUAUACUAAAUAGUGCGAAAACCUCGAGGAAUUUAUCAAGAAACAUAAGAAUAACAAAAUUUGUGUGAUUGAAAUUGGAGCAGGAACUGCUAUUCCAAGUAUUAGAUUAAAGGGAGAGAGGAUCUUAUCUGAGAUUGACAAAUCCAUCUUGAUCAGAAUCAAUCCAUCAGAGAAUGAGCCUGAGGAAAGUAAGAAAUACUAUAGUUUAAAGAAAGGAGGGCUGGAAGGAAUAAAAUCAUUGAAUUACUUAUGA